GAGGAGGAGGAGGACGGAAGGAGGGAGGGGGGAGGGAGGGAGGAGGGCGGAGGGGCCCGAGGAGGGCGGGGAGGAGCGCUCUUCCUGGUUGGGCCCUGCCCUGAGCUGCCACCAAGGAAGCCAGCCGCAGGGACAGCAGCGACCCUCCCAGACACUCCUCCCCCAGGAUGGCUGAGGAGAUCAUCACUCCGGUAUACUGCACUGGGGUGUCUGCACAAGUGCAGAAGCUUCGGGCCAAGGAGCUGGGCCUGGGCAGCCAUGAAAACGCCAUCAAGUACCUGGGCCAGAAUUAUGAGCAGCUGCAAACUCAAUGCCUGCAGAAGGGGGUCCUCUUUCGUGAUGAGGCCUUCCCCCCAGUGCCCCAGAGCUUGGGCUAUAAGGACCUGGGCCCCAACUCCUCCAAAACCUAUGGCAUCAAGUGGAAGCGUCCCACGGAGCUGUUCUCAAACCCCCAGUUCAUCGUGGAUGGAGCCACCCGCACAGACAUCUGCCAGGGAGCCCUGGGGGACUGCUGGCUCCUGGCUGCCAUCGCCUCCCUCACCCUCAAUGACACCCUCCUGCACCGGGUGGUUCCUCACGGCCAAAGCUUCCAGAAUGGCUAUGCCGGCAUCUUCCAUUUCCAGCUGUGGCAGUUUGGGGAGUGGGUGGAUGUGGUCGUGGAUGACCUGCUGCCCACCAAGGACGGGAAGCUGCUGUUCGUGCACUCUGCCCAAGGCAACGAGUUCUGGAGCGCCCUGCUCGAGAAGGCCUAUGCCAAGGUGAACGGCAGCUAUGAGGCCCUGUCGGGGGGCAGCACCUCAGAGGGCUUUGAGGACUUCACAGGCGGGGUCACCGAGUGGUACGAGCUGCGCAAGGCGCCCAGCGACCUCUACCAAAUCAUCCUCAAGGCGCUGGAGCGAGGCUCCCUGCUGGGCUGCUCCAUUGACAUCUCCAGCGUUCUGGACAUGGAGGCGGUUACCUUCAAAAAGCUGGUGAAGGGCCACGCCUACUCUGUGACUGGGGCCAAGCAGGUGAACUACCGGGGCCAGAUGGUGAACCUGAUCCGGAUGCGGAACCCCUGGGGUGAGGUGGAGUGGACGGGAGCCUGGAGUGACAGCUCCUCGGAGUGGAACAAUGUAGACCCUUAUGAACGGGAGCAGCUCCGGGUCAAGAUGGAGGACGGGGAGUUCUGGAUGUCAUUCCGAGACUUCUUGCGUGAGUUCACCCGCCUGGAGAUCUGCAACCUGACGCCUGACGCGCUCCAGAGCAGGAGGUUCCGAAAAUGGAACACCAUGCUCUAUGAGGGCACCUGGCGGCGGGGGAGCACCGCAGGGGGCUGCCGGAACUACCCAGCCACUUUCUGGGUGAACCCUCAGUUCAAGAUCCGGCUGGAGGAGACGGAUGACACGGAUGAUGACUAUGGGGGUCGCGAAUCAGGCUGCAGCUUCGUGCUCGCCCUCAUGCAGAAGAACCGCCGCCGCGAGCGCCGCUAUGGCCGCGAUAUGGAGACCAUUGGCUUCGCCGUCUAUGAGGUCCCUCGGGAGCUGGUGGGCCAGCCGGCCGUGCACCUGAAGCGUGAAUUCUUCCUGGCCAACUCGUCCCGGGCCCGGUCGGAGCAGUUCAUCAACCUGCGGGAGGUCAGCACGCGCUUCCGCCUGCCGCCCGGGGAGUACGUGGUGGUGCCCUCCACCUUCGAGCCCAACAAGGAGGGCGACUUCGUGCUGCGCUUCUUCUCAGAGAAGAAAGCCGGGACCCAGGAGCUGGACGACCAGAUCCAGGCCAAUCUCCCUGACGAGCAAGUGCUCUCAGAAGAGAAGAUAGACGAGAGCUUCAAGAGCCUCUUCAGACAACUGGCAGGGGCGGACAUGGAGAUCAGCGUCAAGGAGCUGCGGACCAUUCUCAACAGGAUCAUCAGCAAACACAAAGACCUGCGGACCAAGGGCUUCAGCCUGGAGUCGUGCCGCAGCAUGGUGAACCUCAUGGACCGGGACGGCAACGGGAAGCUGGGCCUGGUGGAGUUCAACAUCCUGUGGAACCGCAUCCGGAACUACCUGGCCAUCUUCCGGAAGUUUGACUUGGACAAGUCAGGCAGCAUGAGCGCCUAUGAGAUGCGGAUGGCCAUCGAGUCUGCAGGCUUCAAGCUCAACAAGAAACUGUAUGAGCUCAUUAUCACCCGCUACUCGGAGCCCGACCUGGCCGUGGACUUCGACAACUUCGUGUGCUGCCUGGUGCGGCUGGAGACCAUGUUCCGGUUUUUCAAAACUCUGGACACAGAUCUGGAUGGAGUCGUGACCUUUGACUUGUUUAAGUGGUUACAGCUGACCAUGUUUGCAUGAGGCGGAGGCUCGGGCCCCCUUGCCGUGCCCCUCUCCCUUUCUCAUCUGCCAAGCCAUGCCUUCCCGCCACGCCACGCCAGACCACACCAGCUGCAAGUGCCUUUCUCGGAGCAGGAAGCGGCCUCAUCCUCUUGUCCCCUCACCUCCCAGCCACCACGGUUCAUCUGCUCUGGGCAGAGCUGUGUGGCCCUCCCUGCCUCCACCAGCCAUGGGCUCAGGACGGACUCCUCCGUUCCCUCCCGUGCCAUCGCUAAGCCAGGAAGGCAGCUUCUGCUUGUUCCUGCCUCAGGGUGGGGCUCCAGGCGGAGCUGACAGCCCCAGGCCGCUUGGCAUCCUGAUGUGUCCCCUCCCCCCACUCCCAAGGCCACCCACCCAGCCCACCCCGCUGGCCUCACCUGCGGACUUGAAACAUAACCACUAGGUCUGCACAGUCUGAGUCUAGAUGUGCGGGGCCCCUUCCCAGCUGAGGCUUCCUCUCCAGGGCUGGGAACACCUGUUCCUUCCUGUGCAGAAGCCAGUGCCCCCCUCUGCCUGCCAACCUGCCCUGCCUGCCGACCAGGAGCGACUGGCCUGGAGGAUGGUCCGAUGUUCAUGCCCUCCCUCCCUCCUUUUUUAUAUUGGUGAUUUUAAAGGGGACUCUUCAGGGACUGAUGUACCAGUUAUCGGGGUGCCAGAGGCCCCUGGGCGUGGGGUUGGGGGAGAGGUCUCAUGUUUCCAUGCAGAGAAACUCCAAAUAAUAAAGGAAAAGGCUCCACAUC